AGAGCGCUCUUUUCGGAGCGGCGGAAGAGGUAAACGGUUGUUCGUGUGGGGUGCUCCGGUCUACCGCGGCCGACCGGGCGGGGUCGCCGGGACCGCGGGGACCAUGGGGGCCGCAGGGCGGGCUCUUUAGGCGGCUGUCCGCGCGGAAACGGCGCUCUCGUAGGCCUAGGAGCAGCGGAGCGGGCCAGGCUCCGGCCUUCCGCAGACCGCGCGAGGCUCGGAGUCGCUGUUGGGAGAGGCCGAGGUGUUCUGGGCCUGGAAGGCGUUUUUAGUGUCUUGUAAGCGAUCGUGUGCUGCCUGCCCACAUAUCUAACGUGCUUAAAGUAAGGGUCUUGUCAGCCGGCCCACGGCACAGGUUGGACUCAGCUCACCACGUGGCCUCCAAAGCUUGCAGUCGCGAAUUUGAAAGGAGCAUUCAGAAAACUGGGUAAAGCAAAGUGAUGGCUCAAUCAGAGGUGAAUUCUGUUGACUGUGUGACAUCGGAUAGAGAUGGGGACAUUGGAGAUCAAAGUGAUGACUCAUCCAAUAGCAGCUUAUUUAAAACACAGUGUGUUCCUUCACCUACAAGAAAGCAAAGAAUCCCUACUGUGAAAUGUGUUCCUUCACUUGCAAGUGUUGAAACAGAUUCAUCAAGUGACUCUUCUCUAGAACCAAGGCCUUUGACUUUAAAGGCUAUUUUUGAAAGAUUUAAGAAAAAGAAAAGGAAAAAGAGGAAAAAGAGAAAAUAUAAGCCAAAAUUAAGACGACAAGGAAGACCAUCUGGAACGAGGAACAUUAGAAGGUCACAAAUAGAUGCAAAACAAAUUAAAGACAAAGGAGCUGUGUUUCCGUUCUUAGAAUCUGAAAGUGGAAGAAAGACUUUACCUUGGAAGAAAAUUUUAACAUAUGAGCAAGCAGUUGCAAGAGGAUUUUUUCACCACAUUGAAAAACUCAAGUAUGAACACCACCUUAAGGAAUGCUUGAGCCAAAUGCAUGCUGGGGAAGAUUUAGAAAAGGAAGACUUUGACAGCCGUAGACACAAGUACAUGGAUGAUGAUGGUCCUCUUUCUCCUAUUGAAGAGCCGUCAACUGAAGAUGAAGCAACAGAUCCUCAGUCUGAAUGUGAUAUCAAGUUGGUUGAAGACAGUUGCUUUAUAAUAAGUACAGAAUUCCCAAGGAAGAGAAACUUAGAACAAGAAAAGAUUAAGAAAGAAUCUGCAUUCUCUAAAAAGACCAAAGCCAAGGAUGCCACACAGAGAGGGCACAGAAGGUCCUGGAAAGGAGAUGAACGUGUGAAUAUCGAGGAAGGUAAAGACCACAAGGGAUUGUGUUGUGUAUGUCAAGAAGAUGAAGAAACGUAA